GUCGCACGUUUCACUCCGGAUCCCGUACAUAACCGGAACAGCAAGGCGGAAUAUGAGCAACGCAGAAAUGAAUGGGUGCAAAACCUGUAUAUGCUGUUGAGUCCGUAACUCCGUCAUGUUUUCAGUAGAAUAACAGGUUGAAAAAAAAAAAACUCAUGGAUUCAGCGAUGCAGUGCGACAUUUUGGACUCGUUAGAGCAGUUUGGAUACGACGGUCCUCUGCUGGAGGAGAAGGCGCUGCUCGGAGCUGCAGAGGGAGGCCUGUCCUCUCCCGAGUAUGUGGAGCUGUGCCGGUGGCUGGCAUCCAGGUUACAGCCGCUGUGUGGUCUGGAGGAGAGCAUUACUUCCGGUCCAGACGAGAUGGUCAGUCUUCAGCUGGAGAUGAGUGGUCUGCUUAAAGAGUUGCACUGUCCUUAUGAAGAAGUCGUUUCAGCAAUUCUCAAGGGCAGUGUGCGGAAUAAAAAAGAUCAUCUCAAAUGUGUCUUGUUUCUAAGCUCUGAGCUCCAGGCAGCUCAGAUUGUGAAGAGCAGAGGAGUCUCUCGUAAACAACAAGAAGAGAGUCCGGUGUGUCAGGAGCUCCUGGCAAUCUGUGAAACACUGAAUCUACCAGAGCCCAGAGGACAGGACGCAGCAGCAGUUUUGUCCCAAGUCCAAGACGAGGUUGAUAAAGUGCUUAAAGAUCUUCCAAAUGGCUGCAUUGGGAACCCGGUGUUAAAGAAAGCUCUAUGCAGUGAACAAUGGGAAAGGUUGCACAACAUAAACGCAGCUCUGUCUUCAGAGUACGAGUGUCGACGCAGGAUGCUGAUCAAACGGCUGGACGUCACAGUUCAGUCAUUUGGCUGGUCAGACAGAGCCAAGGUAAAGGUAGACAGCAUGGCUAGGGCCUACCAGCCGAGGAGACACUCUCUGAGGCCGCAGUCCACAGUGGACAUGGCCGAGCUGCUGGCUGCCAGAGAAGACAUCUGCAACGUGGUGAAGACCAGCAGCGGCAGCAGCAGGGAGAACACUGCUUGCGCUGUCAACAGGAUUCUGAUGGGGAGAGUCCCCGACAGAGGAGGACGUCCCUCCGAGAUAGAAGCUCCACCUCCUGAGAUGCCACCCUGGCAAAAAAGACAAGAUGGAGGCGGUGGUGGCUGGGGAGGCCGUGGUGGUGGACGAGGGGGAGGAAGUUGGAGAGGUGGUGGUGGAGGAAGGGGAGAAUGGAACCAAGGAGGAUAUGGUGGAAAGAGAGGACGGUAUUAAUUUUUACUGACACUCCUGUAGUUUUUUUUUUUAGCGAUCCGGAUGUCGUGUUUGACAAACUAUUCGGUUUUCUAUGGAGUCAGAAAACACUUUUUAUCUGAUGGCAGUGGAAAGUCUUCCUGAUUUAGAUGCUCACAGUAUUUUUUACUUAGUGUUUUUAUUUUAUUUUUGAAAAAUGUUCUCCGUGUUGAAGUGAAAAUACCAGUUAUCCCAUAACAUCAUUACAAGUAAAGGUUUGCUCAAGAACAAAUGAUUUUAACAUCUGCAUUGGGCCACAAUGCUGUAACUGUGUCCCAAAUCCAUAUUUCAUACCGAUUCUAAGGAGGCUUUGAGUACGUAUUGUUUUCAUACUGUAAAAGUUAUUAAUCAGGAUGGUUACAAAAUAGUAUAGUAGAUUUGCCUGUGCUGUCGAUGGAGGGUAAGCUGCUCAUAAUUGGAAAACAUUAAAACGAUAAGUAUGUGGGAGUCCAUGAGCUCCAAACAAGACUUCCAAUUUUGAAGAGAAACGUGUGUGUGUGUGUGUGUGUGUGUGUGUGUCUGAAAGUUUCACUGGGAAACACUGAAAAGAUGGACAAAGACACUACAUGCGUUUUUCUUCCGCAUAAGAUGAAAGUUCUUUACCCGAAACAUUUUUGCCUUUUUUAAGGCGUUAAAGGAUAGACUGAUCUUUCUGACUAAAGAGGCGUCAGUGUGCACCCUGAAGACUGAAACACUACCUGUUGGAAAUCGAGCUCAGGACAGUCAGAAGAUUAGAACAUCUCUCCUUAUUUCCUUGCAGAUUCUGUACCAGCUGUGAUCCUUUUUCAAUUCUGAAUUUAUUUAAUAAAGAACUAUUUGUAAUGUAAA